AUUUGACUCGUGACUCGGAUACUCACAUACACAAAAAAAAUGACUGAAAACCAACAAGUGAUGACGACAACGUCAGUGCCGAUGAUGUUGACGUCACCCAACACGAGCGAGGAGCUCCGCGCCAUCCUGGAGACGGUCAACUACCAGCGCGCCCUCCACAACAUCCCCGCCAUGCUGUGGGUGUCCGCCCUCAUGGUCAUCGGUGUCAUCGGUAACUCGCUGGUCGUCUACGUCUACAGGCGCCGGUUCAAGAAGACGUCAUCCAACUACUUCAUACUGACCAUGGCCAUCUUCGACCUCAUCGCCUGCGUCAUCGGGAUGCCCACGGAGCUGUACGACCUCAACAACCCGUACACGUUCUACAGUCUCAUUGGCUGCAAGAUUCUGCGCGGGUGUGAGGUCUUCACCGUCUACGGCUCGGCCAUCGUCCUGGUCGAAAUAGCCUUUGACCGCUACUUUAAGAUAUGCCGGCCUCUAAUGAUGGUCAGCUUGUCUAAAAUUCGGAUGCUCUGCGGCCUGGCCGUUUUCCUGGCCCUUGCCCUCUCCGCCCCGUCGUUCAUUUUAUUCGGCAUUGACCGGAACUACACCCCCAUUCCUGGUGUACUUGGCUACGACUGUUCUAUAUCUGAGAGUUAUAAGACGUCGACGUUUCAGACCGUGUACUACUGUACGCAGGGUGGUCUCUUUGUCUUCACGCUCAUUGCCUUGAUCGCCCUGUACACGCGCAUCUGGCAGGAGAUCAAAUGUCGGCGCAUGCUCGUCAUUGGAGACCAAAUAGCCAAAGACGACGAUACCAACGCGAAGAAUCGACUCCGGAUCAAAUACGUGCCGAGUCUGAGCGAGGACGAGUCCCUGAACAACUCCGUGUGCAACCACGGCAACAACGUCUCCAUGACGGAGAUCCAGCUGACCCAGAACCAUAAAGUCACCAUCCCGCAGACGUCCGUCGAACGCCGAACAAAGCUGCAAUCCCUCGCCAUGUACGCUUCAAGGCUGAAAGUCACUCGGACGACCGUUGUCCUGUUCGCUGUCACCGUGGCGUUUGUCCUCAGCUACCUACCGUCGAUCGCCGUCAUGCUGGUCCGCAGCACGAUCAAGGACUUCGACCGGAACCAGGACGUGGGGACGCAGGUUUUCAUGAAAAUCUUCUCGAACUGCAUUUUCAUCAACAAUGCCAUCAACCCGAUCAUCUACAGUUUUCUCAACAUCCACUUCAGGCGGCAGGUGAAGAAGACUUUUCAGAGAAUUUUCUGCUGCAUCCGCAGGAAGCGACAUCCACCCCAGAAAAUGGACUCUGACAGGAG